AUGCAAGUUGCUGAAUAUUCAUCAUUGAUAGAUUCUACAAUCAAACGAAAAGUUAUUGAGGGGACAAUUCCUAUAAUUGUUAGAAUUCCGUUUAAGAGUGAAGAGAAAUUUACAUUAUAUAAUGUAUCUCGGAAUGAAUAUUUACCAGUUUUAUUAAAGAAUUCAUUAACAGAAUUUCUUCAAGAAGUAGAACAACCAAUUAGUUCAGUUACUUAUACAGUAAAUGAACAAAAUGUUAAAUGGUAUUUUCCUAUUGGAAUAAUAUUUGAUGCACUUCAUAAUGGUAGUUUACCAAUGGAAAUAACGAUUGGGAUUAAUCAAAACCAAUCAACAUUUCAACCAUAUGAAAAUGAAGAAACAAUCAAAAAUUAUCAUAUACAACAAUUAAAAGAAAGUGUAUAUUUACGUUAUGGUUCUAUUCAAACUAUUAGACAAUUAGCAGUAGAAUCAAUUACACCAUUAUGGGAAUGUCAUACUCAAAAUAAAUUAGAAGAAUAUGAACAAUUACUUAAUCCAAUACUUAUUACAGGUGAAAAUUGGCAAAAUAUUCCAAUUCAUUGGUAUUUUGGUUCACAAAGAAGAUAUACUGAUUGUAUUCCUGUUAUUAUUAAUGAUCAUUUAACAACACUUAUUGAAGGUAUUCAAAUAUUUUUAAAAGAAAGAGAUAUAAAUGAUAAUGAUCCUCCUUCAUUACAAUUAUUAAAAACAAAUUCAUUUGAACAAUGUACAGACCUUUGUGUUAUUAUACAAGGAAUAACUAUUCCUCUUGAUACACCAUUAUUAUGGCUUGCUUUAAAUUUGAGUAAUUCUGAUUUAUUCCUUCAUGUUAUCAUUAGAAAAACUGAUGAACUUUUAAUCGUAAUUUAA